AAACAAGAACACAGAGCAAAACACAAGACCAAAGAUUAAUAAUAGCCAGAAAGUGAAAAUGGCUGAUGAAGUCAAGUUGUUUGGUGUUUGGGGAAGCCCUUUUAGUCGUAGAGUGGAGAUUGCUCUGAAACUCAAAGGUGUUAAUUAUGAAUUCUUUGAAGAAGAUCUAUCAAACAAAAGUGCUUUGCUUCUCAAAUACAACCCUAUUUACAAAAAAGUACCUACUUUGGUGCACAACGGAAAAGCAAUAGCAGAGUCCCAAAUCAUUCUUGAAUACAUUGAUGAGACCUGGAAAAACUCUCCCAUCUUGCCUAAAGACCCUUAUGAAAGAGCUCAGGCACGUUUUUGGGCUAGGUUCAUCGAUGAGAAGUUAAUGCCUACACUAUGGAAGGUCUUCUGGGGGUGUGAGGACCAUGAUAAGGUUAAGGAAGAAGCAAAAGAGCAUCUAGAGACGCUGGAAAAUGAACUAAAAGAUAAAAAGUUCUUUGGGGGAGAGACCGUUGGAUUGGUGGAUAUUGUAGGCAACUUCAUAGCCUAUUGGGUGCCACGUAUUCAAGAAGCUUCAGGAUUGGUGCUGCUGACAGAAGAGAAAUAUCCCAAGCUGUAUCAAUGGAGUCAUGAAUUUGAGAACCAUGGUGAUGUCAAGGUGAAACUGCCUCCUAAUGAUAAACUACUUGCUUAUAUCAAGAGUCGUCUUGAAGGCGUUUCCACUUCCAAAUAAAAAUGUUGUUAAGUUAAAGUUCUAUAAAACCAUGAUCAUGUUUCGUGCAUGGUGGUGAUGGAAAAGAAAAAUAAGUCUGAAUUGGAGCAUCAAUGGGAGUUCGAUGUCUGUGUAAUGCUUUCCACGUUGUAAUUUCAAUUUCAAUGGGUAAAAAUCGUACUAUAGUUGAUAAUAAUUGCUGAAAUUUCCAGUUU